UUUAUUUGGCUCAGUGGAGUCCCGGCUCUCCCUCGCGCGUAAUGCGGACCUUUUCCUACAUCGGACACCGGAGAGACACCCGACAACAUUCAUAUCGGCAAACGGCCAACAAGCGGCUCAUUUCAAAAAGAAAAAAAGGGAAGUGAUUUCUUAUUGUCGAAGUCUGAUAACAUCCUUGAACAUAUUUUGACUUUUUUUUUGUGCGCGUAGUUUUCAAAGUGAACAAGAAUGUUAUUGCACAGUAGUCUUAUCUCUGGAAGCUCGCGGUUGAAAUGGAUGGCCACAUUACUUCACACGGGUCUGUUCCUGCAGCUGGCGCUCUGGAAGACGACAGAGGCCAUCCACCCAGACUGCGCCCUGGUGGUUCAGCACAUGAAGGCUCAAGAACAAUGUAACCAGCUCCUCAAACAGGAGGAGAACAACCACUCUGCCAGGACAGGGUGUCUGACAGAGUGGGAUGAUAUCCGUUGCUGGUAUCGUGCAGAUGUGGGACAGGUGGUCAGCGUCUCAUGUGCCAAUGCGUCCCAGCUGUUUGCCAAUAACCAAGGUUACAUCUACAGGAACUGCACUGAGCAUGGAUGGUCCGAGCCCUACCCCUCCUAUGACCAGGCCUGCGAGUUCACAGAGUACGAAGAGACAGAUCCAGAGACAACAUACUUCUCCAACUUCAAACAGGUGUACACGGCGGGCUACGCUACCUCCCUCAUCUCUCUUAUAUCAGCGAUUUUUGUCUUCACCGUGUUCAGGAAGUUUCACUGCACCAGGAACUACAUCCACAUCAACCUGUUCUUCUCCUUCAUCCUGAGAGCGAGCGCUGUCUUCAUUAAAGAUGGCGUUCUUUUUUCGGAUGUAAACCUGGACCACUGCUUCAUGUCUACUACAUCCUGUAAAUCUGCCGUGGCCUUCUUCCAGUUCAGUAUCCUGGCCAACUACUUCUGGCUGCUGGUGGAGGGCAUGUACCUGCAGACGCUGCUUGCUCUCACCUUUGUCUUCCAGAAGAAAUACUUCUGGUGGUACAUACUCAUCGGCUGGGGUGUCCCAACAACAAUCAUAAUGGCGUGGAUCCUCACUCGAAACUUCUACGAUAACAAGGGGUGCUGGGAUGACACAGAUGUGGCCUUCAUCUGGUGGAUCAUAAAAGCUCCAAUAACUGCAUCACUACUGGUGAACUUCAUCAUCUUCAUCAACGUGAUCCGCAUUCUGGUCCAGAAGCUGAGAUCUCCUGGUGUCGGUGGCAACGACACCAGUCACUUCAAGAGGCUGGCCAAAUCCACUCUGCUUCUCAUCCCUCUGUUUGGGAUGCACUACAUGGUGUUUGCUUUCCUGCCAGAAAACACAGGAGCAGAGGCCCGACUCUUCAUAGAGCUCGGUCUGGGAUCUUUUCAGGGAUUUGUUGUGGCCCUGCUUUACUGUUUCCUGAAUGGCGAGGUGCAGGCAGAACUGAAGAAGAGGUUUUGGAAGUGGCAGACUCAGAGUUACCUGAGGUACAGUAAACGACGGCGCACGUUGUUCACUGAAAGCAGCACGGUCACUCAGAUCUCCGUCUUGGACAAAUCCAGCCCCAAAGAUCAGCCGGCCUCAGAGACACACGCCCUCACAGCCGGCAACGUCUCCACUGUCUGAGGAACAUUCCCUAAUGUUCAUGUGUUACACCCACUCGGUAUUUGCACGAGGUCCUGAGCAGGUGACUAAACCUCGGAGCCUGAUUGUUGAAUGUUUAAAGUUCUUCUUAACUUGGUUGCAGAGUCCCACAUGGGCUGCCUUAGGUCUUUAAAUCCUUUUUUUAUUCACAAUAUCCCACACAACUUUCCCUCAUGAUAUUACUUAUUUUUCCAGGCUUUAGACAGAGAGGCCACAUGUGCUAUUGCCUUUGUUUUUAUCCCAGGCAAGAUUUAGCUUUGGGGUCCCUCCUUCACAUCUACUCACAACCACCAAAUCAGUUCUCCUCUUUUACAAAAGUGCUGAUAUCAAUUACACCAUGAAUGUGGUUUGAAAACAUUGUCCUUUAAGUUUUUAUUUAGAUAAAUGUAAUUAGAAAUCAACCUUAUCAUACUAAAAUUAACAAUUAUGAUUAGUUUCUUCUGUCACAGCUCCUCUGAGUCCUUCUAG